GUCAUUUUGUAACAAGCGUUCGUGCGUCGUGGGUGUGUCGAAAAAAUUUGGAUAAUGUGUUAAACUUCUUUUAUUAAAUAAAAAUUGGAUAUUUAACGUUUUCGGAAAACUGUAUUCAUCAAAGGCAAACAAACAUUGCGAAAAGCUAGAACAUAAACAAAGUUGGACACAAAACAAUCGUUAACCAAAGCAAAACAUAAAACUGAAGAUAAAGUGUUUUCUAAACUACAGACUAAAAAAUUGUUAAUAAAGGAGAAGGGGCGUUAGAUAAAAAUAUUCAUUUACCCAAGGCUGUUGUUGAUUUACAAAAUUUCGUAAUAUUACAAAAAGCAAAUAUACCAAAAAAAAUUACAAAAUUUACUAAUGUAAAAAAAUAUAAAAAAAUAAUUAUUUGAUUUAAUUGAUAAAGUGAAAGUGUAAAAAAAUCCUAAAAUACUCAAAAAACACAAUACGGGCGGACGCAAAUAAAAAAAAUACAUUUCCAACUUAUUCUUCAAAUAAUUGAAUUUUUAUUUUUUUGACCUCAAACCAAAACUAAAAUAAAACAAUAUGAAUGGAUAUACAGAUUUAACUAAACUAGAAAAUACUAGAAACUGUUUACGACGUAUUGCCCGCCAUGAUGAAUUGCAAUUUUCAAAGGACAGUAUUGUCAACGUAAUGGAGAAAUUUGUUAAAACAGUUAAUGUAAUGGAUGAUACCAUAUUAGUUCCAUGCAGGCUCAUGGAUCGACAGGUGGGUGAUAGUACUGAUAUUAUUCCAACUCCUGGUAAAGAUGUGACCUCAAAUCAGCAUACAUUUAUUCCUAAUGCUAAUGGCAAACGUAAUCCUGUUAAAUCCAAAAAUGUACACGAGUUUCUUAAUUCUUCGGAACUCUUUAAUUUGUACAACAUGUUAAAUGCUUUGAAGAAUGAUCUUCUCUGGACUGGUAAAGAUGAUUCAGAAGAUUUGGAUGAACAGCAAAUCUCAAUUGAAAAUCAUGAUAUUAAGACUGAAAACAUUGCAACACAGAGCACCACCACAAACCCUCUAACAAACAACAGUAUAUCUAAAGGACACAUAAGGCGUCCUUCGACAGCCUCUAUGGCUUCAAUUGCAUCAGUUAGUCAAAUGAGUGAUUCCGAAAGCGAUAUAUCACAAGAAAAUGAUUCUGGCGUUGAGUCAGAGUGUAACAAAAAUGGCAGUGGAUCAGAUUCGACCAGCAGCAGCAGUGAAGAUGGCCACAUGCAAAGUAAGAAAUUGAACAAUGCUGACAAAGCCACUGAACUCGCUAAGCGCUGCAGAAGACAUUUGAAUGGUUUAUAUCAGUGUCUUGAACAAAUGACAGAGGCAGCCAAUUAUCUGACUGCUCGAUACCAAAACGAUAUUGGAGGCCCUGUAUAGAACUAAAUAAUUUCAGUAAACUAUUGGGUACUACACAACUGUAAAGUAAAAACACAGCUGGGUCAUGGGAUUUUUAUUACUCGCCAGAGGGUUAAUGGUACUAGCUUAUUGUAUUUUUAGUAGGUCAUUCUAACUAUUAAAAGAAAGUAUAAAAAGCCUGUUAAUGUAUAAAUAUAAUAUAAACUUGGAUAUUAUUCUCUAGAGUUAGGACCAUUAUAAUUAUUAUUUAGUAAAAAGUAGGUUUGAUGUCAAAACUAAAAACACACAACAAUUAUAAAAAAAAAACAAAAAAAGUGCAAAACAAGCAAACUCUAUAUAAAAAAGAAAACCA